AUGGAUAUCAUCUACUUCCCAGCUCGUGGCCGCUCGUUGAACGUUCACUUCAUCAAGCUAGUCGACGUGGAGAAGGUGGAGUGGUUGAACCGGCGGUCGUACAGCGCGAUAGGCUUGCUUCUCGGGUCGCGAGAAGGUCGUGUCCUGUUGCGCGGCGACCAGGGCCUGGAGGACUGGUUCGAGCUGCUGGAGGAGUGCACGCUCAGCAGCAAGGAGCGGCGUCGUGCUCUUCGGCUCACGCAAGGGCCACGAUCGCGCGCUUCGCUGGCGGCCCCCGUCUCGGCCGCGUCGCUGCAGAGCAACCACCUCGGCCUGGGCGGCACCUACUCGGGCGCGAUCGAGGACUGGCUGAUGUCGCGCCACCAGAAGGGCGGCAUCGGCGGCCAGCGCUUCAACCACAUCCUGCUGUCGGACUCGGUGCCGGACCUGAGCUCGAUCAACGAGAACGGCGGCGGCGGCGGCCUGUGCGGCGGGAUGCUGACGAACCACUCGACCCCGAAGAAGGUGCCGAACGCACGCCACAACCUGUCGGGCAGCUCGAGCAACGGCUACAGCAGCCACAACGGCAGCCUCUACAACGGAUUCCCGUACUCGCCGCUCAAGAAGCUGGCCGAUAAUUUCGUGAACGGCAACCACAGCUACACUCUGAACGACGACCUCGAAGAGGAAGAGGUCGAGCUGCGGCGCGGCGGCCGGUACCGUGAUCACGAGGAUCUCUACCGCCGACCGCACGGCCCGGCCGGCAACGACAGUAGCCGCCACUCCUUUUUGACCGAUCUGGAUUACGCCGGGUGUGACAGUGGGCUCGAUACGCCCCCGUCUACCCACCGCCCCUCGAGCUGCCGGGACAACUUUUUCUUCGCGUCAGCGUACGGCAACCAUCCGCAUGGGUCCGGCUUUCUCGGCAAGGACAAGACCACCGACACCGGCAUCAGCUCGUCGCGCGGCACUCUCGUGUCGCCGGCCAGCAGCAUCCGGCACGGGUACGUCAACGUGAGCCACAAUGGCAACGGUGCCGCUAGCAACAACAACCAUCUGAAUAGCUACGGCUCAAGGUACAGCGUCCAGGAGCAGAAGAUACUGCGGGCGCGGAACAACGAAGAGAACAAAAACUCGAUCCGCUCGGUGCGGGCCGAGUUUUUCGAGCAGAACAAGUACAGCAACAGCAGUAGCAACAGCACCCCGAGCAACAACAAUCACAUCAACAAUAACACCAGCGCUGGCACCGGCAGCGGCACUUCUACCCAUCAUCAGUACUAUCAACCGCAGAACCAUCAUCACCAUCACCACCAGCACCAUCAGCAUCACCAUCAUCUGCAGCCUCAGGGUGGAACCGGGGGUAGCAACGGAAACCUGCACCAUCUGCAGGCACAGUUCAAUGGGCUGAACAACAACAACGGCGGAAGCACGGCAGGCGGCGGCGCACAGCAGCACAAUAGCGUCAACAAUAAUGUGCUGAAUGGCAACGGCGGCGGCGGUCCUGGCACGCCCCGGGAACGCUACCAGCAGCAUCCGGCUCUGGCGGCCAUCAUCAACGAAUCGCAGGGAAUGAAGUUCAGAGGUAAGACAGAGCGGUGGUCGGUGACGCGGUGA